GUUGGGGGCCUGUGUGAGUCUCACAGUGGGGCUGAGGCAGGCAGCCGGGAGAGCCAUGGCGGGGGCCGCAGCGGGCGGCAGAGGCGGAGGUGCCUGGGGGCCGGGGCGCGGAGGGGCCGGGGGGCUCCGGCGGGGCUGCUCUCCGCCAGCCCCCGCCGGCUCCCCCCGGGCUGGGCUGCAGCCGCUCAGGGCCACGAUCCCCUUCCAGCUGCAGCAGCCGCACCAGCGCCGGGACGGGGGUGGCCGUGCAGCCAGCGUCCCAUGCUCGGUGGCCCCAGAAAAGUCAGUGUGUAGGCCUCAGCCACUUCAGGUCCGGCGUACAUUCUCCCUGGACACCAUCCUCAGCUCCUACCUUCUGGGCCAGUGGCCACGAGAUGCUGAUGGGGCCUUCACCUGCUGCACCAAUGACAAGGCCACCCAGACGCCCCUGUCCUGGCAAGAGCUAGAAGGUGAGCAUGCCAGUUCCUGUGCACACAAGCGCUCAGCAUCCUGGGGCAGCACAGACCACCGAAAAGAGAUUUCCAAGUUGAAGCAACAACUGCAGAGGACGAAGCUGAGCCGCAGUGGGAAAGAGAAGGAGCGAGGUUCACCACUCCCAGGGGACCACGCAGUGCGGGGAGCACUGAGGGCGUCCCCUCCCAGCUUCCCCUCAGGGUCCCCUGUCUUGCGACUCAGCCCCUGCCUGCACAGGAGCCUGGAAGGGCUCAACCAAGAGCUGGAGGAGGUGUUUGUGAAGGAGCAGGGAGAAGAGGAGCUGCUGAGGAUCCUUGAUAUCCCUGAUGGGCACCGGGCCCCAGCUCCUCCCCAGAGUGGCAGCUGUGAUCAUCCCCUCGUCCUCCUGGAGCCUGGCAACCUUGCCAGCUCUCCUUCCAUGUCCUUGGCAUCUCCCCAGCCUUGUGGCCUGGCCAGUCAUGAGGAACAUCGGGGUGCCACCGAGGAGCUGGCAUCCACCCCCAACGACAAAGCCUCCUCUCCAGGACACCCAGCCUUUCUUGAAGAUGGCAGCCCAUCUCCAGUCCUUGCCUUUGCUGCCUCCCCUCGGCCUAAUCAUAGCUACGUCUUCAAACGGGAGCCCCCAGAAGGCUGUGAGAAAGUGCGUGUGUUUGAAGAAGCCACGUCCCCAGGUCCUGACCUGGCCUUCCUGACUUCCUGUCCUGACAAGAACAAAGUCCAUUUCAACCCGACCGGCUCAGCCUUCUGCCCCGUCAACCUGAUGAAGCCCCUCUUCCCCGGCAUGGGCUUCAUCUUCCGUAACUGCCCCUCAAACCCAGGAUCUCCCCUUCCCCCGGCCAGCCCCAGGCCACCACCUCGGAAGGAUCCGGAGGCCUCCAAGGCCUCCCCACUGCCAUUCGAGCCAUGGCAGCGCACCCCACCAUCAGAAGAGCCUGUGCUUUUCCAGAGCUCCCUGAUGGUCUGAGGGUCCCACCCCUGCCCCACUUUACCAUAGAGACCAGUGCCUUGGUGGUAGGUCCCUCCCCAGGUCCCCUGAGAUGGGGUAUGGAGGGGCCCUUCCCUCUCGGCCUUCGAGCACUUUCUUUCACUUAUUGUGUCAAAGCCCUGGGUCCUCUUUUUGAUGGGCACCGGCCCCUCUGAACGUGAUGGGACCUGCCUUCUCCACUAGUAGCUGGGCAGCUCACAAUUCACACCUGUGUACCUGCCACAUCCCUCACUUGGUGGAAAACACCCAGAAGGUCUUGAGUCCUCCACCCCUGGGUAUCAGUCCAAAUGACUGUAUAGGAGGCCCUUAUUUUUGUCACAGAGCAAGCUGGCCAUGAACGAAGGAGAGAAGACGCCACAGAUUUCCUUCCCUCUCCUCCAGGAGACCAUAAGAUAGAUCCCCCAUCCUCUCAGCCCUAUCCCCACGCCUCCCUCUCAUUGGAGGAGCUGACCAAAGCAGCCCUAACGGGCCAUAACACUUGACCAAUUCAGCUGCUGGCAGAGGGAGGAAACAAGUGUUUUCCCAAGUGGCAUUUUCAUCUCGCUUUCACCCUGACUAAAGAUUGUCUUAAGUAGCAGCCCAGCCCGCCCAGCCCCAGGUGGGUAGUGGGGAGGAGAGCUGGCAUUCCUCCAGGUGGCAAAUGGCGACUCUAUACUCUCCGCCCGCCCCAGGGCUGGAUGGAUUAGAAAAAUGCCUAUUUUUCUUGUAUCGAUGUAGAGACUCUAUUUUCUCCCAAAGACACUAUUUUUGCAGCUGUUUGAAGUUUGUAUAUUUUCCGUACUGCAGAGCUUACACAAAAUUGAAGAAUGUUAAUGUUCGAGUUUUCUUAUCUUGUGUUUAGAGGUUGUUUUUUGCAGAUCUUGGUGUUAAUAGACCAAAUAAAUAAAUAAAUAUUCCCAGCA